AUGAGUAACGAUCUUAAAUACGUUCUUUUACCAACAAUCGAUGAUCGACGUCGAUCACCAAAAUUCCAGCCAUGGUAUCGUGAAAGACUUAAAAUGAAAUAUCCAUGUAAUAUAAAUACUAAAAAUUGGAAAUUUGUUAAAGAUGGUCUUGAUGAUUUUCGUGAUGGAUUACCGCCAUCACAUGAAGAUAUUAUUUUACAACCAGAUAAAGGUCCCGGACCAGUAUUAAUCUCGGAAAAUCGUCGUAUUAAAGCAACAGCCUCAAAUGCACAAACUCGCCUUAAAGAACAUCAACUUUAUUAUAGUCGUGAAAUUCCAGCAGCUGAAAAACGACGUCAAAUGAUAGAUAAUUAUAUAUCAACGAUACUUCAUCAUCCUAUGGCUUUCUUUGAACAUUUUAAUCAAACAUUAUCACCUGAUAUGUAUGAACGACUAACGAAAUUACUCGAAGCUGAAUUAUUACUGGUAGAUAGUGAAGAACAAACUUCAGUAACUGAUGAAAAUAAAGAUACUAUUUCAUUAUCACCAAGCGGUCGAAUGAUGCGACCAGAUACAAGUAAUAGUGAAAAAAGUCUUCCGAAUCUUAUGCCGGAAGAAGUCGAAAAAACAACAAGCAAUGAAUUAACAGAUGACUUAACAAUAGAACAAAUUGAACCAAAAGAUCAAUUACCAGACGAAUCAGAUAGUAAAAAUAAUUCAACACGAAUUGGACGAAGUGGUAUUGUUUAUGAUGAAUCAGGUAAUCAAUGGGAUGCUGAAGAAUAUGAAACAAAACAAAAAAAUCCUUAUCGAUGGUUUAUUGAAAAGCAACGUGAAAAACAAAAAGCAAAAGGACCUACUGCAGAUGAAAAAGCAGCUUCGGCUAUGGAAGCACGACUUCAUAAUGUUUCUGAACAAUUUUGUAAUUGGUUAUAUAGUCUUGGUGGUGAAGCAAAUCCUGAUAUUGAUUCAGGUGUUGUUAGAAAUUUAUUUUCAACAGCUUAUGAUACAAAACCAUCGUUAAGUGUACCAAUUAAAAUUGUUGAAAUGUCAAGAGUUCCAACUGAAUUACGAGAUGGUACACAGGAUACAAUGUUUCCUCUAGGUGAAAAAACAAAAACAAAUUUAUCAGAAGUGCCUAAAAGAUCAGCUACUGCUAAAUCAAAAAACUUAAAUCCAUCUGUAAUUAAUGAUCAAGAAUCACAAGCACAAAAAUAUCGAUAUGGUGCAUGGUAUUUACCAAAACCUCUUUGGCAACGUUCAUUAACAAAUGUUGAACUUCGUGAUCCUAAAGUUGUUAAAGCUGAACGUGAAGAUGUAACACGAAAACAGCAACAAGAAAUUAAUGCUCGUCUUGCUCCAUUACAUGGUGUAGAUGCAUUUAAAGAAUAUUUACAAGAAAAAAAUUAUCGUCGGUUACCAAAAUUAAUAACGGAUGUUGAACAAUAUCGACGUGAACAUCCACGUGAAGUAACAAGUUCAACAAUAGAACUUCAAGCUAAACGAACAAUAGUUUCAGCACCUUAA